ACGCCGAGAGCGCGCACGUACACUCGGGCUGCUAUUUCGGUCGGUGUGACGAGUGAGAGAGGCGAAAGACGACGGGAGGCGUUAAGCGGGUUUUAUGGUGCUGGUCGUGAGCCGUCAGCUGUCUCUCUCGCUCUCAGUCGUUCGCCAAGGAAUUCGGUUCUGCUCUAAAAGCCUGCCUCUGUUAUCUCCGGGAGAGAGUAGAGUCCUUGUUCGGUGUUGUGCGCUUUCCAGCCUAACUCGAGUCAGCAUGCCUGAGAGGAGGCCCUUCGUGCGGCUGCCUACGGACGUUUACCCCGUCAACUAUGCGCUGUGUCUGAGGCCCGACCUGAUUGACUUCACCUUCGAAGGCAAGCUCGAGGCAGUGGUGGAGGUUAUUCAAGCGACAAAUCAGAUUGUGAUGAACUGUGCUGAUAUCGACAUAAUCACUGCAUCUUUUGCACCAGAAGGAGGGGAAGAAAUUAGUGCUACAGGAUUUAACUACCAGAACGAGGAUGAGAAAGUCACUCUGUCGUUCCCCAGUGCUCUACUGAAAGGGUCCGGGAUGUUGAAGAUCGACUUUGUUGGCGAGCUGAAUGAUAAGAUGAAAGGUUUCUACAGAAGUAAAUACACUACUCUGUCAGGAGAAAUCCGCUAUGCAGCCGUCACACAGUUUGAGGCCACGGAUGCUCGUCGAGCUUUCCCUUGCUGGGACGAGCCAGCUAUCAAAGCCACCUUUGACAUCACCCUUAUUGUCCCCAAGGACCGAGUAGCCUUGUCCAAUAUGAACGUCAUCGAUCGGAAGCCGUACCCGGAAGAUGACAGUCUCGUCGAAGUCAAGUUUGCCACUACACCCAUCAUGUCCACCUACCUGGUGGCGUUCGUCAUCGGCGAGUACGAUUUCGUGGAGAGCCAGUCGUCCGAUGGCGUGACUGUCCGUGUGUACACCCCGAUGGGGAAAGCCGAGCAGGGCAAGUUCGCUCUGGAGGUGGCUACUAAGACCUUACCUUUCUACAAAGACUAUUUUAACGUUCCUUAUCCUUUGCCUAAAAUCGAUCUAAUAGCAAUUGCUGAUUUUGCUGCUGGUGCCAUGGAAAACUGGGGCCUUGUUACUUACAGGGAAACUGCUUUACUGAUCGACCCGAAGAAUUCAUGUGCGUCCUCGCGCCAGUGGGUGGCCCUAGUGGUAGGGCAUGAGCUGGCACACCAGUGGUUUGGGAAUUUGGUUACUAUGGAAUGGUGGACGCAUCUGUGGCUUAAUGAGGGCUUUGCGUCAUGGAUCGAGUACCUCUGUGUGGACCACUGUUUCCCCGAGUAUGACAUCUGGACGCAGUUUGUAUCUGCUGACUACACCAGGGCUCUGGAUCUGGACGCUCUUGAUAACAGUCACCCAAUUGAGGUUGAUGUAGGACAUCCCUCAGAAGUGGAUGAAAUCUUUGAUGCCAUAUCCUACAGCAAAGGUGCUUCUGUUAUCCGCAUGCUGCACAAUUACAUAGGAGACGAGGAUUUUAGAAAGGGAAUGAACACUUAUCUUUUGAAGUUUCAGCACAAAAAUGCAUCCACAGAGGACCUUUGGGACUGUCUGGAGCAGGCUAGCGGGAAGCCCAUCGCUGCAGUGAUGAGCUCUUGGACCAAACAGAUGGGAUUCCCCAUUAUUGUAGUGGACCAGGAGCAGCAAGGAGACGAUCGGGUUCUGAAGAUAUCUCAGACGAAGUUCUGCGCUAGUGGACCACAUAAUGGUGAGGACUGCCCCAGCUGGAUGGUCCCAAUCAGCAUCUGCACCAGUGAGGACCCCGGCUGCUCCAAGAUCAAGGUUCUGCUGGACCAGCCUGAACUCACAAUCACCAUCCCUAACCUGGGACCAGAUAAGUGGGUCAAGCUUAAUCCAGGCACGGUAGGCUUCUACAGAGUCCAGUACAGCUCAGCCAUGCUGGAGAGCCUGCUGCCAGGAAUCAGAGAUCUUACACUGCUCCCGGUAGAUCGCCUGGGCCUGCAGAAUGACCUUUUCUCCCUGUCUCGUGCAGGUAUGAUCAGCACAGUGGAGGUGUUAAAGGUGAUGGAGGCGUUCGUGAACGAGCCGAAUUACACGGUGUGGAGUGACCUGAGCUGUAACCUGGGCAUACUCUCCUCGCUGCUCUCCCACACCGACCACCACGAGGAGAUCCAGGAGUUCAUCAGAGACCUAUUUACACCCAUCGGCUUAAAGCUGGGCUGGGACAACAAACCUGGUGAAGGCCAUUUGGAUGCUCUGCUACGAGGGCUUGUGCUAGGAAAGCUGGGGAAGGCGGGACACAAGGCCACACUGGAGGAGGCACGCAGAAGAUUUAAAGACCACGUGGAAGGCAAGCAGAUCCUCUCUGCAGACCUCAGGAGUCCAGUUUACCUAACAGUUUUAAAACAUGGCGAUAGUUCGACGCUGGACACCAUGCUGAAGCUUCAUAAACAGGCUGACAUGCAGGAAGAAAAAAAUCGCAUAGAGAGAGUUCUGGGAGCAAUCUCCUCUCCAGAUCUUAUCCAGAGAGUGUUGACUUUCUCCCUUUCGGAUGAAGUUCGUCCUCAGGACACAGUGUCUGUGAUUGGCGGCGUAGCCGGGAGCAGCAAGCAGGGCCGCAAAGCAGCUUGGAAAUUUGUCCGAGACAACUGGGACGAGCUUCAUAACCGUUACCAGGGCGGAUUCCUCAUCUCUCGACUCAUCAAGCUCACUGUCGAUGGGUUUGCGAUCGACAAAAUGGCUGCAGAAGUAAAGAGUUUCUUCGAGACUCACCACGCCCUGGCGGCCGAGCGCACCGUGCAGCAGUGUUGUGAGAACAUUCUCCUGAACGCUGCCUGGCUCAAGCGGGACGCAGACGACAUCCACCAGUAUCUGCUGCAUCGCAAAGCGCCGCCGGUGUGACACCCCCCCACCCAGCCCCAGCCCCCCCCCUCGAGCUCUGCCCCUCAGCCUCUCACGACCUGCUCACUCACUCACUCACUCACUUCAGAUUUCCCGGCAAAUCAUCGCUGCCACCGUUCGCCCGCUCAGCAGACUGCCAGAGAGAAUCCAGAAAUUAUGAACAGGCUUUGUUUAUUUUUUGGGUUUUUUUUCCUCUAUUACAUGACGAUUAUAAGCGCUGUAGUUACAUCUUGAGAAUUUUCCCAAGAGCACUCAAAUCAAGACAGGAUGAUGAUGAUGAAAUAUGAUGUACCCUGUUCUGCCUGCUGGAAACCAUGCAAUGAAAUUUCCUCAUGUGA